UGUGUUUUCUCGAAGAAGAGGAAGAAGUAAGGAAAAAAAAACAGAUGACAUAACCUCAAAUAAAGUCGAAAAAAAUAUUUAUGAAUUUAAAGUUUUAUAAAGCUUAAAAUAUGUACAACUCUGUAAGAAUAUAUAAAAGUAUACCAUUACUAUGUUUUCGCAGAUACAAACUACAAAUUCCAAGAUUAUUCAGCCAACAGAGUGUAGAUGUAAAUACCAAUGUGAUAAAAGAUGUAAUUUUAUACAAGUCAAACAACCAAAGAUUCUUCAGACUAGUAAAUCUCUGCGGGAUAAUACAGUUUGGAUUCUGGUCUUAUUUGUCUAUUACUGCAUAUUCAACUCUUAGAGAUAUACCUGUAGACCGAACAAAGAAAAAUGUUUGGUGGAGAAAUAUUAACUUUGGAGACUCGAAAUGGAGGACUACACUUACAACCAUAUCAUUUUUAGUUGGCUGGGGAAUUCUUACACUAAGCUGGAUGUACACUCUUCGCUCUAUAAAAUACUUAAUUUUAAGAAAAGGAGGCAAAGAAGCAACAGUAGUGACCUACACACCUUGGGGACAUAAUAGAAUGUUUACACUUCCAAUAAGUGAUAUGAGUGCAACUCAAGCUAGAGCGACAGCUUCUUCAUUUAUUCCUAUAAAAAUUAAAAAUCAUUGGUUUUAUUAUAUGAUUGAUAUGCGGGGGGAGUUUAGAAAUGGACCACUUUUUGAUAGCACUGCAGGGUUAAAGAGAUUGUUUAAAAGUUAAGGUAUUUUUUAUCUUUGGUGGAAAAUCAAUCCUUGGACAAAACCUGGACUGAUUUUAGUUUUCUUAAAUUAAAUAAUAAUGUUUCUAUUAUUUAAAAUUGAUCUAAUAAUUUAAAUUUAACUGACACCAAUUCUACACUUUAUGGAAGUUGUAUACACUAUAAUUAUAAAGGUACCACCUGGUUUUAUAAAUUUCCUGUAACAUAUAUAUUAUGAAAUUUGAGAAGUUUUAAAAUAAAAAGUGUUUUUAAGAAAGA